AUGAGACGAAGACAGACACACUAUGAGGAUUUUACCACUAGCAUAGAUUUUGGUGGGCCAAUUCCGCAGAUCAUCAAAGCUGCGCAGGAAGGAUCGUGCGAUGAUGUCGAAAGACUCAUUGAACAAGGCUGUGACAUUGAAGAGUGUCACACCCGCUCACAUCGAAAUGCUCUCCUCGUUGCAGCGCAUUGGGGAAAUGCUGAUAUCGUUGAAUUGCUCAUUCAACGCCGCGCCAAACUGAACGUCAUCGAUACAGGAGGCUGGCCGGCAUUUUAUCUCUCUGCAUCGCGGGGCCACCGUGAUCAUGCCGCCUCUAAACGAGGAGAUAGCGAAAUAGCCCAGCUUCUCAUCUCGCACAACGCCGACCUGGAAGCCAAUGACAGAAACAUGAUGACGGCACUCCACCACGCCUGUGAAAGAGGCCAUUCCGAAACCAUUUCCAUACUUCUCGACAACCGGGCAGCAACUGAAGCACCGGUUGAGACCUCAAGAUACGGCUCACCUGCGCGACCGACGCAGGCCGAGCCAAAGCCAAUUAUCGUACUCUUUCUUUCUAGCAAUAAGAUUCCGGAGUCAAGUUUUGCGGAGAUUGCUCAGUUGCCUAGGACUUUGGGAUUUGCUUCGAGCGUUUCUGAUGAGAAUGAAGGCAAGGGUGCCGCAGCUUCUCAGGCAGUCUUUGAGAUAUCCAGUCUCAGAUCUGACAUCACCCCAAUUCCAAGCUCCCGUGAUGCCAGCUCCAUCCUCGAUGCCAAACCCAACCCCCUAUGUCGGUACCAGCUCAAUUCCAAACAUCGCAUCCUCAAACCCAACACCCACAACAAAGACCCGAACCGCCAAUCUCAGGAUACACACCACCCGUCCACCUUCGCCAUAGAAGCAGGCAGCUCAAUGAUCCACGAACUCACCACAACACUAGACGAAGGCUUGGGAAGAAACUAUCCUACAAGACCCGAGGCCGAGAGCACGCACAUAGCCAGGCCCGGCAACAACAAUCGCCAGCCGACGAUCACAACCCCCCGAAAUGAGACAGCCCGAGCCCACGCAGCCGCUAGAGCGCGAUCGUAUGGCCGCCAUCUUACGAGGUGA